CCUUCCUCCGUGUCGUUUUCAUAACCGAGUCCUUCCUUGCCUUCUUUACAUACGCAAUCCUUCUCUCUCUCUCCAAAGUCUCCAUUUUUCCCUCUCAAGAAAAAAGAUUUUGAACUGGGUGCUGCUCUCUGAUUUUACCGCAACAUCGUGCAAUUUUUUUAGUCAUCUUGACGCUUUGUUAAUAUCGUACGCUCUGGUCAACUACUUCAAUUUCCUUUUGCUCCCCUCUUGGCCCUUUGUUUGAUUGCUCGGAAAAAAUGAAUAGAAAGUGCAAUUCUUUACUUGUAUUCUGUGGACCUUGUGGUAGUUAAACAAAGGCCCUGUUGAUUGUAAAGCAUUCAUUUCAGUAUUCCACUUGUCCUGUAUAUUAGAUUGUGCAAUUUUCCCACUUUGAAAUAUGUUUGGCUUAAGGAAAUCUCCUUUAAAGACUUCUAAACAUAAAACAGUUGACCCUGUAUAUCCUAAGCCUUCUGGUUCGAACCCUUUUGACUCUGAUGAUGAAAUGGAUGCAAAGCACAAACAAACUUCCUCAAGGAGGACUGCUUCUGAAUCCUCAUUAGUUUUACCAGAUUCUAGCACCAACCCUUUUGAUGAUGAUCAAGUAAGUGCAACUUCAUCUUCUUCAUACUCCAACGCAGCCGCUUCAGCCACAAGAAACAAGUAUAGGAACGAUUUUCGUGACACAGGUGGUUUGGAGAAUCAAUCAGUUCAAGAACUGGAGGGCUAUGCAGUGUACAAGGCUGAAGAGACUACAAAGUCAGUCAAUAACUGUUUGAAGAUUGCUGAGGAUAUAAGAGAGGAUGCUACUAAAACUUUGGUUCUCUUGCAUCACCAGGGUGAGCAAAUUACCAGGACUCACACUGUUGCUGCUGAUAUAGAGUAUGAUCUAAGUCGGGGUGAGAAACUUCUGGGAAGCCUUGGGGGAAUCUUCUCGAAGACUUGGAAGCCUAAGAAGACCCGUCAAAUAACAGGCCCUGUUAUAAUGGGAGGAGAUGAAGUUCAAAGGAGAGGCAGCCAUAUGGACCAGAGGGAGAAGUUGGGAUUAGCUUCUCUUCCCAAGGGGCGGUCGAAAGCCCAAUCCCUGCAACAGACUGAACCAGCUGAUGCUUAUCAGAAAGUUGAGGUAGAAAAGGUCAAGCAGGAUGAUGCAUUAUCAGAUCUGAGUAAUCUCUUGGGAGAGUUGAAGGACAUGGCCGUUGACAUGGGGUCUGAAAUUGAAAGGCAUAACAAAGCUCUAGAUCCUUUACAUGAUGAUGUUGAAGAGCUCUCUUACCGUGUUAGAGGUGCUAACGAACGUGGUCGUCGAUUGCUUGGCAAGUGAUGAGCAUGGUUGUCAUCUUUGCUUUAUGGACUACCAGCUGAUUCUUGCUUUGCACCCUUUAUCUGUCUUCAGUGUUUUUGUUUCUUUUAUUCUUCCUUUUCAUUUUAUUAUGAAAGUAGACAUUUAGUACUACGUAUACAACUUUGAUGUUAAGUACAGUUGCUCUUGUUCACUAAAUAAUUGAUUUGAGGGUUUACCCUUCGGGUUCAAAUUUUCUGCCGUUA